AUGGCAGUAGAGCGGGUGACGGGUUGCAACUCCUGUCCUAUCGACGGCAACCAUGACAAGUGCGACGACGUGUACAACCCUCCCCCGAGGAUAGAGAUAGAACCGGGAAUGUGUGACAAGAUUGGGGACCUCCCUAGUGAACAGACCAAACUCUGCAAGAAGUACGACAAACAUCCCGGAUACUACGUUUCCUGCUCUAACCAAGGCAUGACCUUCUCCUGCAAGGCCUCUUGCGGGGUUAAGGUCGAAGACGUCGGCAAGAACUUCACAAUUAACGACAAGCUGAAGGACAUCAUGUCUAAUGGACUCCUACAGGGCCUGAACACCCCACACGACAAACAUGACAAUCUUUUAGACGGUGUCGGGUUCGGCGGAGACCUUCUGAGUUUUGCUAACAAGCCGGCCACACCUGACCACGAUAAGCCCAAUCCAUCAACAGUCCAAUCUCACAAAGCAGGGCAUGCCAACUCAUUUAACCAGAAUCUUGUACCCCAAGGUGCCUACAAUGUUUAUCAACCUCUUGUUAUCCCCAAUCAGCAGAACCAACAGCCUCACACAAAUUUCAACUUUCAGCAGCUCCCUCAACCUGGCCACUCUGUUCACAACCCCUUCCCGUCAGGGCCUUCCAACUUCCCUGGAACUCCCUUCUUCCCCAGCAACGUCCAACACCCAGCCCCAGCCUCUCCUGUACAUGGUCCCGGGUCCCAAUUCCUGCCUUUAAAUCUCAAUGCCGGAUAUCAACAAGUACCCAAACCUAACGCUAAUGUUCCUAAACCCAACCCUUCCCUACCUGCACGUGGACCUGGAUCCCCCUUUCUUCCAGCAGAUCUCAAUACCGGAUAUCAACCAGCGCCCCAAGCUAACGCUAAUGUUCCCAAACCCAACCCUUCCCUACCUGCACGUGGCCCUGGAUCCCCCUUUCUUCCAGCAGAUCUCAAUGCCGGAUAUCAACCAGCGCCCCAAGCUAACGCUAAUGUUCCCAAACCCAACCCAACCCCACCUGCACGUGGCCCUGGAUCUCCCUUUCUUCAAGCAGAUCUCAAUGCCGGAUAUCAACCAGCGCCCCAAGCUAACGCUAAUGUUCCCAAACCCAACCCAACCCCACCUGCAGGUGGCCCUGGGUCCCCCUUCCUUCCAGCAGAUCUCAAUACCGGAUAUCAACAAGCACCCCAACCUAACGCUAAUGUUCCUAAACCCAACCCAACCCCACCUGCACGUGGCCCUGGAUCCCCCUUUCUACCAGCAGAUCUCAAUGCCGGAUAUCAACCAGCGCCCCAAGCUAACGCUAAUGUUCCUAAACCCAACCCAACCCCACCUGCACGUGGCCCUGGAUCCCCCUUUCUACCAGCAGAUCUCAAUGCCGGAUAUCAACCAGCGCCCCAACCUAACGCUAAUGUUCCCAAACCCAACCCAACGCCACCUGCACGUGGCCCUGGAUCCCCCUUUCUACCAGCAGAUCUCAAUGCCGGAUAUCAACCAGCGCCCCAAGCUAACGCUAAUGUUCCCAACCCGAUCCCUACCCCACCCCCACGUGGACCUGGGUCCCCCUUCCUUCCAGCAGAUCUCAAUACCGGAUAUCAACCAGCAUCCCCAACUAACGCUAAUGUUCCCAAAUCAAUAUCUCCACCACCAUCUCCAACGGGCCCUACAGAUUUGAAGGCCGGCUUCCAGUCUGCUUCCCCAGUACCCAUUACCCCUACGCCAGCAAACGCUGACCCUUCUGCAGUCAACCCUGUUCCCCCACAAGGUGUAACUCUACCCAAUGCUGAAUCCGAUGUUAACGCAUUGCUGAGCCACCCAGCUCCAUCAGCACCAUCUGCAGUUGUGCUCGAUGUUUUCAAAACACACUCUCACACGGGGUACCUCCCACCCGUCUUAGCUACCAAUGCACCAAUUGGCGCAAGUAAACCUCUCCCUGGUCCAAACCCUACAGGUGCCCAAUCGCAACAGUCUGAACCAGUACCUGUUAAUCCAUUAAACAAUCUUCCAACCCAAGUCGUCAAUAACCCUGCUAGUUCUCUCCCGAAAGAACAAAACUCACUUCCACAUACCAUCGAGAACAUUCCUGCUGGCAUCCCUCAAUCAAGCUUACCAGUUGUACCGAAUCCCUCAGUCAUCAGUGCUCUCCCCACAAACUCCGGAUCCAACCCUGCCGUCCCCCAAAAUGCUGUGGAUAAACCUAGCCUUCUCAGUGGACCAGCCAACAACGGUCAAGCCACCUACUCCAUCCUACCUUCUCUUCCCAGCAACACCCACGGUGGCACUGCUUCCGGUCUUGCCUCCUCCCCCGCUUCUGGUCCUACUUCCGGUCUUGCCUCCUCCCCCGUUUCUGGUCCUACUUCCGGUCUUCUUUCCUCCACUGGCUCCGGUCCUGCUUCUCAUCCUGUUUUAGGUUCAGUUCCUGGUUCAGAGUUCGGUCCUCUUGUUUCAAGCCCUGUUGACACUCAUAAUGCCAAAGGGUCGUAUACUGGAUUCACAGGCUUUGCUCCUUUCCCUGACCCCUCAAACUUCAACACUGCCAAAGGCCACCCUGCACCCCAAGUCCCCACCCUCCCAGCCCUCAGUCUCCCAAACGUGCCAGCAUACAACAGCAUCCAUGGCAAUGUUAGGCCUCAGAGCCAUCAUCCCAGUGCUGGUUCUCAACAGAGUGGUGAUCCCUUCUUCGGAUUUGGCUUUGAUAACUAUGGGGAUAACAGUGGUUACCAGAACCUCGGUGGCUUCAACAAUGGCAACAAUGGCAACAAUGGCAACUACGGCAGCACAAACAACCAGCUUGGACAGCUCACAGACAGCCUACACAAUCAGAUGAAUGACCUCAAAGAUACCUCAGCGUCUGGAGCUAAAUCUCACGGGACGUCCAGCUCCACCAACACCGGCAAGACAUCCUCCUCCUCCAACAUCAACUCCUACAACACCGGCUCCAGCAACGCCGGCUCCACGUCCGGUGGCGAUUCUACUCACGACCUUGGAGCUGUCAAUGCAGGUCACGACAUGACCAACGACAAUGACCUUUUUACUGGCUUUGGUAACAUGUUUAGUGGCCAAGGUGGAUCCAGAUCUGGUAACCAUGGCAACGGGUUCCACGCCAACCCGGUGUCACACGCCAUGUUCAACCAGCUGAGCAAUCACCAGGGGUACUUCCAGGGGUUCCAGCCAUUCAACAACUUCGUGGCCCCACCCAAACAAGGAAACAAACAACAGCCAGUCUCCAAGAACAACAUCUUCAGUAACGACCUCUUCGACUUCAUGGGACGUCGGCGUUAGAAGAAACUGCACCCACUCGAACGCACCACUACUACAACGAAAUGGAAAAUGAAUUAAACCAUUGGAUUUGUAUAUAUUUUUUUCUGAUCCACCAUUAUACUGUGUUACAUAUACAUGAGAAAACUGUUUCUGUUUAAAGUGUAGGGGUAGCAAUAUUUUGUCCAUAUGUGCAUAAUCUUUUAUGUGGUUUGUUGUUUACGUUCCAGGCAAACAGUGCAAGUGACUGGUUAUAAUAAAUAUUGAAAAUAGCUUUACUUUCUAAGACUCCCAUCCUUGAUGAUCUAGGGUAUUUUAUCUCCAUUCUAUUGUGAUAAAUACCCUGGACUCAUUCGUUACCUUUGCUUCCUUUUAUCCCGAUACGAAAGACAUGGCGCUAUAAAUAGCCGUCAAGUCAAAUUAUUCUCAUGAGCCAGAGAAACCACGUUAGAGACAGGAGCGAGAGACGAUUACGUCACUUCCGGAACGAGGGUAUGUUGACGAAUGGGUCCAGGGCCCACUUGCACAAAGCGAUCUUAGCGCUAAGACUAUUGUAAGCCUAUGUUAAAGUAUCUUAGCGCUAAGAUCGCUUUGUGCAAGUGGGUCCAGGGUAUAUAUAUUAAUAGAUUGGGGGCACUGUACCCUUGGUACGUGAGGACGAAGGCCUGGUGGUGUACGCUAUGUUGAGUUGCUUCCCUUAUAUGCCAGAAUCCGCUGAUUUCUGCCCGAUUAUGACUCUUGGUCUGUCAGGCCCGGACGACGGGUUUCACCUCAGUGAUAAAGAUGAUCUUGCCUAGUCUCCAUUGGUUUACCUCCCACAUUAAACUGACACGCUGUGAUAUGACUGAAAUACUGUUCAAAGCAGCGUUUAAAGAAAUCACUCGACAGACGCUAGGUGUAAAUUUGAUGUUGUGAAUAAACUACCUUCCAACAAUA